GAAACGAAGAGACGAAGAAGAGGCGCGUUCCGAACGAAAAUAGAAAAGCGGUUUAGGAAAGUCGUUUAGUGUCAGCCAGGGUGGAGUUCCAUGUGGUUCCCCACGAUAUCGUAUCUCUCGUACUUUUUUGAUUACUCCAGGUCCGUUGAUCGUGAUAAAAUAAUGGUUCGUCCGACGGUAAGAUCGUCCCUUAGAAGUCGUGAUUCUUCGUCGACGUCUACAGGACCAGACGCGAGAGAACGAAUAAAGGAUUGUUGUCGUAAGUUGGUCGCUUUUAUGUGUACUCAAGUCGGCGUAGGUGGACUAGUCGUCGGCUAUUCCAUAGUGGGUGCUUUUGGUUUCAUAAUGAUCGAGAAACAGAACAGUAUCGUCGAUCCGGACUGUUAUCGUUAUCCCAUUCAAAGGAUGUACGCCGAUAUUCUUUGGUAUAGAACUGCGGGCGACCAAACGGUAAAUAUUUUCAACAGGACAGCUUUCUUCGUGGUAUCGAACAAUAUUCUUAGGGAACUUCAGGAAAAUUUUACAGCUGCCUACUUGAAAAAAAGUUGUAACAUCGGUAUGACCUCGUCCGAGCAAUGGUCCUUCCCCGCGGCUCUCAUGUUUUGUCUGUCGAUAUUCACCAUGAUCGGAUAUGGAAAUUUGGUACCUAGAACACCGUGGGGCAAAGGUGCCACCGUCAUGUACGCCGUAUUGGGAAUUCCCCUGUACGUUUUAUAUUUUUUAAACAUGGGAAAAAUCUUGGCGCAAACGUUCAGGUGGCUCUACACAAAUUUACACGAGUGUACGGGACAGAGAAAACCCGGGCAAAGGAUUACCGUACCCUCCACCGCUUGUCUUUGGGUUAUCUUUGGAUAUGUCCUAGUUGGAUCGAUCAUGUUCGCCCAAUGGGAGGGCUGGGAUCUUCUCGACAGCACUUAUUUUUGCGUGACCUCACUCUGUAAGAUCGGUAUGGGAGAUUUUAUACCUGGAUGGACGCUCGGUGAAUCCACGGAGAGCAGUCAUACCAAAUUGGUCAUCAAUUUCGUCUAUCUUCUUCUUGGCAUGGGACUGAUCGCCAUGUGUUAUAAUCUUAUGAAAGAGGACGUUUACGUGAAAGCGAGGGAACUAAAGGAGCAGCUCGAUCACGCGAUGGACGCGGCUCAUCAUCAGAUGAUUACGUGCUGCCGAUCGAAAAAAUUCCAUGAUGAUCUGUGUCAACGAUACUGUCAACGAUAGAACGGAUUUAUCGUCAUUGAAAAGCCAUUGGCACGUAUUAGAAAAAGCACAUGAUACACGUGGGAAGGAAAAUAUACAUAACUGAUAAUCGCGCCUCUGUGACUAUAAAUUAUAUACCACAUUCCAUGCUAAAUAUUUAUAUACGUUUGCGAAAUAUUUUAAUGGUUUCUUUCAAAGAGAAAAAAAAAAAAAAUACAACUCUUAAAAAGCUAUGACUCAUACGACUACGUUUAUAGAUUUAUGAGAAUUUACACUUGACAACGUUAUACGAAAAUUAUUCGACGAUUAAAUGCCUGAAAUAAUAUUCACGCGUUAUUCAAUAAGAAUUUUUUUUGAAUAUAAUUAAUAAAAAUAAUGAUACGAAAAAA